AUGACUGACGACGAGCAACAACAACAGCAACAACUUGCUGCCCUGCAGCUUGGGCUUCAGCAGGCCCUCGAGGCACAGAGCAUGUUGGCCUCGCUAACAUCGCGCUGCUUCACCAAAUGUGUUGACAAGCCUGGACGGACUCUCUCGAGCAGUCAGCAACAGUGUCUCUGGCAGUGCGCUCAGAGAUGGAGCGAAGUGCAGCACUUUGUGGGGAUGCGCAGCAGAGCCCUCCUGCAGCAGCAAGGAGGAGGUCUUUUGGGAACACCAGACAGUGGAGCGAACCUCUCUACGGACGGCCUUCUUAGCUGA